GCAACGGCUACGUCAGCGCCAGGGCCUCCCCGAAUCUCCUCCCCGUCUCCAAUGGAAACAGUCUCGGCAAGGCCGUCCCGGCGAAGUCGCCCCCACCGACUCCCCAGCACAGCAACCCUCUGGCCACCAACAUCCGCAAGCCGGACCUCCGCGUCAUCACCUCCCAGGGCGGGAAAGGCCUCCUGCACCACCUGCAGAACGCCCAGAGGCUCAUGGUGUCUCAAGCCACACAUUCUUUGACCACCCCAGUCGUUUCGGUGGCCACGCCCAGCCUGCUGACCCAGGGGCUGCCCUUCUCGGCGAUGCCCACGGCAUACAACACAG